CUCAUGAGGGUUGGUGUGUAAUACUCCAUGAGAUAAAGAUAAACAUAUUUUAAAGAGAUGAAGGAAGAGAGAGAAAAGCAACGGACUAUAGAUCUGCAGCCAGCUGCAGUACGGACUCCAAAACAUAAUGUGUAUACGACAUGUGGGACCAGAUACUAAUAGUAUAGUAAGCAACUAUUGUAUAAAUUGGCUAUUACAUUGGCUAUAGAUGUUUUGGAGCUAGUAGUGGGCUAUACUAUUAAACUUGCUCGUAGUAGUAGUACACAACACAACGUAUACACUUUUCAUUGAUGAUUCUUCACUCGGGAACUUAAUUGACGACUCUUCGGGAUUAGGAUCGUGGACUAGUCGUUCCAACUUCCAAAGUACAGCGCCAUUUACUUGCCAUCCAAUGGAUCAACUCAUUCUGCACUACAAAUACAAGAGUCAUAACCACGAUCAACUCCAGUGCCACUAGCUAGCUAGCUACUCCUAGAACGCAGGCAUGGUGAUGACGACGACGCGCCACACGGUCCGCUUCGGCUCCGCCACGAUCGACACGACGGUCACCAGCGACGUCGCGGCCGCCGACGAGUGGGCGCGCGGCGUCCGCGCCGCGGCGAGGGGCGGCCGCGGCCUGAUCGUCGGCCUCGACUGCGAGUGGAAGCCCAACCACGUCUCCUGGAAGACCUCCAAGGUGGCCGUCCUCCAGCUCUGCGCCGGCGAGCGCUUCUGCCUCGUCCUGCAGCUGUUCUACGCCAACCGCGUCCCGCCCGCCGUCGCGGACCUCCUCGGCGACCCGUCCGUGCGGCUCGUCGGCAUCGGCGUCGGCGAGGACGCGGCGAAGCUGGAGGCCGACUACGGCGUCUGGUGCGCCGCGCCGGUGGACCUGGAGGACGCCUGCAACCGCCGGCUCGGCCUCGUCGGGACCGGGAGGAGGCUGGGGCUGAAGGGCUACGCGAGGGAGGUGCUCGGGAUGGCCAUGGAGAAGCCGAGGCGCGUAACCAUGAGCAACUGGGAGAAGCGGGAGCUGGACCCGGCGCAGGUCGAGUACGCCUGCAUCGACGCCUACGUUUCCUACAAGCUGGGCGAGAGGGUCCUUGCCAACUGAUCAUGAUGCAGUGCAACUAUGGAACUAUCCAUGCACAACAGCACAAGUGGAGUAGUAGUUUUCUUUGUUGCUUUGGUCACCCCUGUAUUCAGUGGUGCUAUAUAUGUUAGCCAAUCGUUCUAACCUGGAAUGCUAUUCUAGUUUGUUGUUUCAUCAA